UCGUAAGGUCGUUCUUAUAUCGUAGUUUAAACUUGAUCUUUUAAUUCUACGAUGAAGAUUUUUCUUCUCCUUGUCCUCGUGUUACUUACUGGCUCAAGCCAAGCUUGGUUCUGGAAUAAAAAAAAGCCGAAAGUUGAACAGCCGGAUUGGGACAAUCUUAGAGUAACAUUUUUGAAGUUCAACAAACUUCCUUUAAGUGAAUUCGACGCCAAGAAAAAAGGUUGGACACUCACAGCAACCUGUGACGCAAAGAACUAUUUCGCGGGUCAUCGAUAUGUUCUUAACGGUGACAGGGCGGUCAUGCUGUUGUACGACUCCAAUGGGAAAAUAGCAGGCAUACAAAUGGGGGCAAACAUUACUGGUACAAAAUUUCAAGAAAAAUGAAAUGCGAAGACUUUUUCCCAGUGUUUUUGCUUUACAAUCGAGGUAAACUCAAUGGAUUUGGAUGGAACACCAUCGGUGAUKUGAARAGCAGCAGAUAUGAACAUCCUCCAGCUAGAGUGCUUAAG